AGGCAACCUUUCGCACACACAUCCGGACCAGUGUUGUCAUUACUCACAACGCCGAUAAUGUUUUUUGACAUAUUUUGCGAAAACAUGACUUUUCGAGAGGAUUUUUGACAAUCGCGAGGUCAAGUAAUGCAGUGUUCUCUUUGACCUACGCAUUGCACCUGGACAAAGUGUUUAACUCUGUGGUUUGAGUUGUAAAUUGGUGUUAGAAUCGAGCCCCUGCGGGUUCCCUUGAUUUUUUGCAAAAUGGCAAACAACAGCGCUGGAAGCAGGCAGACUACACGGGUUGCUGUGCGGGGAAGAAAGCGGACGCAUGCAACGCAGGUGUAUAACUACAAUGGUGUGCACAAUUCAUAUGAAGAUAAAGACAACGACUUUCUAUGUCCCAUCUGUUUUGAAGUAAUCGAGGAGGCCCACAUGACGCGGUGUGGACACAGUUUCUGCCAGAGGUGUAUACUGCGGAGCCUAGAGUCCAGUAACAGAUGUCCGAAGUGCAAUUUUGUUAUAGAGAAGACUGACCAAAUAUUUCCAAACUUUGCCUUGAAUGAACUGAUUCUGAAGUACAGACAGCAAGUAGAAGAGAAGCGGUUAAAACUUGGACCUCAGCAGACAGGAGCCCCUGCACCCGACGUGCAAGAGUUUAUUCAGGACCAAGAGAAAUGGGAUCUAGCAGAAGUCAACCUCAUGCUAGAGAUACUAGUCAGCAAGAAGAGAAAGCUGGAAAUGGACAACCAGGUGGCCCAGAUUCAGAUUUUGAAAGAUUUUCUUGAUGAAGCCAGGAGGAAAAAGCUAGAGCAAAUUAACGAGCUUUCAGCGCAAAUGUCACUACUUGAAGAUGAUAUCAAGAGGAUAGAGGAGAGGAUGAAGAAACAGAGGCAUGCCUACAAUGCCAUGAUGUCGGCCUUUCCAGUGAAAGCUGUAAACAGCAAUGACAUAUUCCUACCAUCAACAAGUCAUUCAGAAACAUCAACAAAAGUAGAAGGUGUGAAACCAGAUGGACCUCAGGAAGGCUUCAAUGGAAGCAAAAAUGGCGGAAGGCAGCAGUGGUUAGACUCAACGUUAGCCUCCAGAAGAAAAAAGCUCUACAAUCACUUUGAUGAUUUGCAGUCUUGUUACUUUUCUAUCAGGCAGUCAGAGCUAACACCUUGUGAAUUAAGAUCAUCAGAGAUGUUAGAUUCGUUUUCCGAGAACCUUUCCAAGUUUACCAAGUUCAGUUCAAUGAGGCCGCUAGCCACUCUUAGCUAUGCGGACCCGUACAAUGGCCAGUCAAGUAUAGUCUCAAGUAUAGAGUUUGACAAGGAUAAUGACUUCUUUGCAAUAGCUGGUGUGACUAAGAAGAUCAAGGUGUUUGAAUACGGGACAGUCAUCAUGGAUGCUGUAGAUAUACAUUACCCAGUCCAUGAGAUGGCCUGUAAUUCAAAGAUUAGCUGUGUAGCGUGGAGUGCGUAUCACAAAGGGGUGCUAGCAAGCAGUGACUAUGAAGGAACAGUAACACUAUGGGAUGCCUUUGCAGGAGUCAAAACACAGUCAUUUCAGGAGCAUGAGAAGCGGUGCUGGAGUAUAGACUUUAAUCGGAUGGAUCCUAAAUUACUUGCCUCAGGGUCUGAUGAUGCUAAAGUCAAACUAUGGUCCACAAAUCAAGAGCAAUCGAUCACUAGUCUAGAAGCCAAGGCUAAUGUGUGCUGUGUCAAGUUCAACCCCACCAAGAUGUAUGGUCUAGCAUUUGGGUCAGCAGAUCAUUGUGUACACUACUAUGACCUAAGACAUCCCAAGCAACCUCUAAACGUCUUCAAGGGUCAUCGGAAAGCUGUCUCGUACACAAAAUUUGUCAACUCAGAAGAAAUUGUAUCAGCGUCCACAGACAGUCAACUCAAACUAUGGAAUGUUGACAAGCCGCACUGUUUACGAACGUUUCGAGGUCACAUCAACGAGAAGAACUUUGUGGGCUUAACAUCCAAUGAUGACUACAUCGCAUGUGGCAGCGAGAAUAACUCACUAUUUGUCUUUUAUAAAGGCCUCUCUAAGCAGAUACUCACCUUCAAGUUUGACACAGUUAGAAGUCUAAUGGACAAGGAUAAGAAAGAAGAUGAUUCCAAUGAAUUUGUCAGUGCUGUAGCAUGGAGGACAGGUUCCAAUGUCCUUGUAGCAGCAAACAGUCAGGGAACCAUCAAGGUCUUAGAGCUAGUUUGAUGAUGGCCUAGCUCGACACCCUUCACUAUUGCCUCAUCCUAGAAAUAUAUUCCACAUCAUUUGUCAACUCCCCAUCUGUUUGUUCAACCAUCACAAAAAAGAAUAAUAAUACUGUAAGCGCUGUGGUCAAUUAACGAAAAGCACUAUUUAAGAAUUUGAAUUAUUAUUAAACGUUUUUCUCAUAUUGUUGAUCUACUCUGCCAAUUCCUGUGUUCAUUUAACCAUCACAGAUUAUCUGUCCAUUCUUAAACAAAUUCACCUCUUUACUCAGGGAUUUGUUUGAUUGAAGAAAUUGUAAAGAAUUGAUGUCAUCCAUACCACUUGAAGGUAUUGAUCAAAGUUCAAAGAUAAUUUUGAGUUCUGGUUAUAAUCACAAAUAGAUUCUCACAGAACCAAGCAAUACUUAUUUAUAACUUUC